GCCCUUUCUCUAUGUGGGAAUUCCCCAUGUCUCUCUAAAAACAUUGAAAUUGCUUCCCCCCCUAUUCACAAAUUUCCUUAAAAUGCGUCUCUCGGACACACGCUCAAUGUGUGGCUCACCGUUGUAGCUUUGAAGCCCUGGUGGUAACCGGUCAAAGCCUUACUCUGACUGUAGUCGUGCAGUCCCAAUCCCUACAUUACCAAGGUUUGGAGCAAAACCCUGCACUGUCUCUUUAAAGAUUACACCAGUCUGUGUCAAGCGUCUGCAUUGGUCGGCCCGGUUGUCAACCACAGCUGUUUACAUCAGACGAGAGCGAGGUGGACUUUCCCAGGUUACAGCAGAGACCACUUCCGCAAUUGGUUGUCUGGGCAAAUCGAAGGAGCCACUGAAGCAGAAAGCCGUCUCUCCUAAUCAAUAAUGAACGAAGAAAGAAAGAGAGGCCGAAAAGACGCCAGAUUCCCAGCACCAUGCCUGGUAAGUGAAUCCGUGGCAAUGGAAGGAAAAGGGCCCUAUCGUAUCUACGACCCAGGCGGGGGCGAGGCUAAGCCCAGGGAGACCAGGGAGGAGGGCAGCAGCGGUGGAGGGGGAAGCUACAGACUACUACUGGAAGAGAACAGCGUGCUCCGAGAGAGGAUGAAGGGACUCAAGAGCUUAGGAGACCUGUUGGAGGAGUCUCAGUGGGAGGCUUCUAAGUUGCGUCAGCGUGUAGAGGAGCUGGUCAGAGACAACGAGGCCCUGAAGUCUUCUACCUCCAGCUUCGCUACCAGUCUGUGUAUGGGAGAACCUGUUCAGACUGAGACACAAGGUCAGGGGAAGCUUCACCGCCAGCCCAGUAUGGACCAGAGAGAGAGUCAGCCGUGUCUCUCAACGGGGAAGGCCCUAAAUCAUGAGCAGCCCACCGAAGGUCUGUCAGAGUUUGAGGUGGUGAAUAUGGAGAAGACCUCCGAUACCCAGACGGCUUGUGCAGGAACAGGACAGCUUCCUCAGGAGAACCAGGAGUUAACCAGCCAGCUGCAGCGUCUAGAAAGCUCCUUCAGUAUCUUUGCUGAGGCGUCCAACCCCAACCAGCUCCUAGCUCACCUGGGACGCAUGGCCGUCGAGUUCCACCACCUCUCCUCCAAGGUCCAGAAGAACGAGCAGAGGACCUCCCUCCUACAGACUCUUUGUGAGCAGCUCAGACAAGAGAACAACGAGCUGAGAAAGAAGAUGGAGGAAGACCUUCAGUACAGAAACGGAGACUUGGAACUACUGAGACAGGAGAACCUGAAGCUGAAAGAGCUGGUAACGGGAGCAGGAGAGACCGCGGCAGAGAGCGAGGGGCAGCCAGAAGCCAAAGAAGACGUGGUGAAAGAGGAAACUGCCAGCGUUAGAUCCAAGAUGGAGGUCAGCACACCACAGAAGCAGAAUGGGAAUACCACAGAGAAGGAGAAAGCCCCGGCCAAGCCCUGUGACCCAGAGGCAUACGAGAAGAAGAUCAAGCUUCUAGAGAAGCAGAGGAAAGAUGUACUGGAAGUGAACAAGCAGUGGGAUGUCCAGUGGAACUCGAUGAAGUCACAGUUUGAACAGAAGAUCACAGACCUGCGUCAGCGGCUGGCGGACUCCCAGAAGGCCGUGCAGGAGCUGGAGGCGGAGCGAGAACAGAGGCAGCGGGACUACGAUAAGAAGCUGCUGCUCGCCAAGUCCAAGAUUGAGAACGUACAGGGGGAGAAGGAGUGUCUGAACUCUGAGACCACAGAGUUGAAGCAGAAGGUUCGUUACCUGCAGGAUCAGCUGCUGCCCCUCAGUAAACAGAGAGAGUACCAGGAGAAGGAGAUACAACGCCUCAACAGGGCUCUAGAGGAGGCCUUGAACCUGCACCCUCCCCCCUCCUCCCAGCAGCCACCGGUCCAGGGCGCCAGCGGUAACCACGGUGAUGGGCCUAGUAACUUGAGGAGGCAGGAGCUGCUCACCCAGAUAGCAGUGUUAAUGGAACAGGUGAAGAUCUUUGAGGAGGACUUCAGGAAAGAGCGGAGCGACAGGGAACGAAUGAACGAGGAAAAGGAGGACUUGAGGAGACAGGUGGAGAGGCUGCAGGGUCAGAUGACCAACCUCACCAAUCAGCUUCACCAGGCCCAGAACGAGUGUCAGAGAGAGAGAACAGAGAGAUGCAAGCUGGAGAGACUACAGAUGCAGCAUCAUAAACAGGGCCAGCAGCAGCAGGAGAGGCGCACCUCAGACCCUUCCUCGGGCACCAUGAAUGGCCCUCUGAGCCCUCCCUACUGUGGUCCCUUUGUGCAGGUGGCUCCAGGAGGAGGGCUGGACGGCUGGCCUAUACACCCCAGGAUACCCACCAACCCAACAGUUUCUGCCGGCAGCGUAGCGCCACCGGGACGUGGCGACUUCCCACCCCUCACAACGGUAAGGGGAACACAGUGGCAGCAAUCGUUCCCCCAGCCCAGAGGCUCCAGGGGACCCGGAGCAGGGGAAGGAUCCAGACCACCUCCAGAGAACACCGAUCAGUCCACAGCAACUGUGUUUGUAAAAAGAGAGCGACAGAAUAUUGACCCUGGAAAGCACUAAGGGCCUCUCCACCGGUGGUUCUUUCGUUGCCUCACCAUGGAGCCAGCUGGGUGGUAGAAGCAUGAAUCACUUUUCUGUUAACCCGGUGUGAUUUGAACUAUAAUUUUCCUACUGAACUGUAGAUAUCCUGUUGUAAUGUUGUUUAUACUUGCCUUUUUAUAAGCCUACUUGUGAGACAAACACUGUUUUCGCUAUUCAGAAAUAUAACACAUCAAUAUUACCAUUUAGAUGUUUUCUUUUUUUUUAAACCUCGUAUUAUUUUUUGGGGGAGAUUCAAUAUCUGCUUUAAAUGAUUCUAUGCAGGAACUGAAGUCAUUUUGUGUAAUAGGUUGAAAUUAACGAAAUGUAAUAUUAAAACAAAAUACCUAUGUGAUUAUCAGCUGUUGACGAUCGUCCCACUGCAAAUAUUAUUAUUUUUAUUUUUUACAAACAGUUUUGUUACUUGUAGGGUUAAGGGGUCCAUUCUCCCAUGUCAAUAACAUCCAAUCCUACUUGUAUUCAUUCCAACGAUAUAUAAUUCUAUAGAUAAAUUGCCUUGGAAUUGGAUUCAUAGAAGCGUAACCGUGGUUGUUUUUCAGUGCCAUUGGUGUUCUAGAACUGUACUAUAAGUGUAACUGUUCAUAAAGUGAUUGUUAUAACACAUCAAACUUGGGAAGUGAAUUUAGCUGGUAUAUCAUGCCAAAAAAACAUGGCUGUGGUGAUUAUUGAUCAUUUAUUUAUAAUCUACUGUUUUGAUGGUUGCAUUAACUCAAUGUAAAUCACUUGUCUUUAGUAAUGCUGUUCUUUCUAUGUUAGUGUACUCCCAAUAUAUUGUAGCUAUUGACAUCGUAUGUUCGUUACACACACACACCCUCACAAGAGCACCUGAUUGGCCAAAAAUGCACCUUUGCUUCCUCAACAUAUUUACCCACGAAGCUGUCCAGUCAUGUCUGGAGAAUUGGGUCAUUGGUCGUAGUGUACCCAGGCUUUGUCCCAAUAGUCUUGAAUGGCUUCCUUUUCCUGGUCUCGUUUCCUUCCCUUCCUUCCCUACUGCUGACAGUUAGAUAGUACUACUGUAAUGUGUAGGCCUGUUCUGGUUACGUUAAACGUUAGCCCGCCUGAGCGCUCCGCUAGCAGUAUGGUCAGUAUAGGCGCUGUAAGUGCAUUAAUAUGUGAAUUUCUAUCGCGUUAACAGGGUACCAUUUGGUCUCCGAUUGCUUUAGCCUGUCAGUCAUGUCCUUUUUGCAUCAGUCAGAGGCGAGGAAAUUAAGCGAUUUUUAAAACCGAGACUCGACUAACCCCUAAGGUUCAGUCAGCCAGCCAUUACCUCAGUAACAGCCCAGUGAUAAACCACCUCCGCCAGACAGGGACUGUUACCCAAAUGGCACACUAUUCCCUGUAUAGUGCACUACCCUUGCUCUCCCGGCUCUGGUUAAAGGAAGUGCACUAUAUAGGGAAUAGGGUGCCAUUUGAGUCCCAUUCCUGACUCAGCUGGCUUCUGUCUCAAUGCACCUCUCAGACCAGCAGCUCCAUACUAUCUACAGUAUCUACUCGACAGUCCUGUGAACCUUUGUGACACUGUCAACAGAGCCGGGCUUAAAUUCCCAGCCACGUACCUUACCCCAGGUACUACUGUUGAUCUGGGAGGAUUGGAUAGGUGUUGACAAAAUGGCAACCAUGAAAACUCCUUGUAUGACAAGGUGAAUUUAGUGUUGGCGUAUUUGCUUAUACCUUGCCAAUGCUUUAUGUCGACUAGUGUCUGGAGGUUAGGGGGCGAGGGGUUGAUUUUUGGGGAUUGGCCACUACCCUAGAGCUCCAAUCCUCCCGAUGUGUGAUUUUGAUUUUGGUGGUGAACUAAUGUUCUGUGUCUCCUCCUGAAUCAAACCGAUAACUCAAAGCUAUAUAGGGUUGAAUAUGUAUCAUGUUAUAAUCCUUAUUGUGUUUUGUUUCAUUCAGACUGCUGGUAAAGAUGGGUGUUUUAUUCACAAUGUUCACUGUAAAUAGUUGGAACAGUCUUUUCUUUUAAAAGACAGAUUCCGGAAUGGUCCAAUAGUUGAAUGGUGACGUUUUAAAGGUUGAAUUGCACUUUGAAAGGAAUGCUUUGUUUUCCUCUGGCGGUUGUCUUUUUCUGGUUUGUAGUUCUGGAGUUUUUGCAGGAGGCAAAAGCACAUUACUGAUGUGAUGAGACUUUUUCUAUUUGACUGGCUUAAUAAACAUAUCCUAAAUGUC